GGGCGGGGCGGGGCCGACGACCCGGCCCCCGGAGCCGGCGCGGGCGGGCUGCUGAGGUGGCUGUUGCCGGCUCGGAGCUGCGGCUUCCCGGGUCGAGCCCCCGAUGGAGGCCGAGGCCGCGGACGCCCCCCCGGGCAGGGUCGAGGCGGCGCUCAGCUGCUUCUCUUUCAACCAAGACUGCACAUCCCUAGCAAUUGGAACCAAAGCUGGUUAUAAGCUGUUUUCUUUGAGUUCUGUGGAGCAACUGGACCAAGUCCAUGGAAGCAAUGAAAUCCCGGACGUCUACAUCGUGGAGCGCCUCUUCUCCAGCAGCCUGGUGGUGGUGGUCAGUCACACCAAGCCGAGGCAAAUGAACGUGUACCACUUCAAGAAAGGCACAGAGAUCUGCAAUUACAGCUACUCCAGCAACAUCUUGUCCAUAAGGCUGAACCGGCAAAGGCUGCUAGUUUGCCUGGAGGAGUCCAUUUACAUUCACAACAUUAAAGAUAUGAAGCUGUUGAAGACCCUCCUGGAUAUUCCUGCAAACCCAACAGGUCUAUGCGCCCUCUCUAUCAACCAUUCCAAUUCUUACUUGGCCUAUCCUGGAAGCCUGACUACAGGCGAGAUUGUGCUUUAUGAUGGAAACUCCCUGAAAACAGUCUGCACUAUUGCUGCCCACGAAGGGACCCUGGCUGCCAUCACCUUCAAUGCCUCGGGCUCCAAACUGGCGAGCGCGUCUGCAAAAGGCACCGUCAUCCGGGUGUUCUCCGUACCUGACGGGCAAAAGCUCUACGAGUUCCGGAGAGGGAUGAAAAGGUAUGUGACAAUCAGCUCUCUCGUGUUCAGCAUGGACUCACAGUUCCUCUGCGCCUCGAGUAACACCGAGACCGUGCACAUCUUCAAGCUGGAGCAGCUCACCAGCAGUCGGCCAGAAGAGCCUUCGACCUGGAGUGGCUACAUGGGAAAGAUGUUCAUGGCUGCCACCAACUACCUCCCGGCCCAAGUGUCAGACAUGAUGAAUCAGGACAGGGCCUUUGCCACCGGACGCUUGAACUUCUCUGGGCAGAGGAACAUCUGCACCCUCUCUACGAUCCAGAAAUUGCCGAGGCUGCUAGUCGCAUCUUCUGAUGGACACCUCUACAUCUACAAUUUGGACCCUCAGGAUGGCGGAGAGUGUGUCUUAAUCAAGACCCACAGCUUGCUUGGCUCAGCAGCAACAGAAGAGAAUAAAGAAAAUGACCUCAGACCUCCGAUACCUCAGUCUUAUGCAGCAACUGUAGCCAGACCAAGCGCCUCUUCUGCCUCCACGGUGCCAGGUUAUUCCGAGGACGGCGGGGCGCUGCGAGGAGAGGUUAUUCCUGAGCAUGAGUUUGCGACGGGACCAGUGUGUCUUGAUGAUGAGAAUGAAUUCCCCCCUAUAAUCUUGUGCCGUGGAAGUCAGAAGGGCAAAUCGAAGCAGACAUGAUGAGAAGCACACCUCAGAAAUCAGGACAUCCCCUAUCAGGUGGUUUUGGAGAAAACAAGGAAGGUGGAAGAAUGGAGUGCAAUUGUGUAAGCAAAAGGGAGGGGGGCAGGAGUCCUGGGUGCUGUGCUGCUUAAACCACAGGACGUGGCUAACUCCUCACCAUGCCCCCUCGGCCCCGAUCGCCAGUGGGCACGGGAGACAUUGUGUACACGUUAUGCUAUUUAAAAUCUGUUCAAACCAUAGUGUAAAUGCUAACUAACCAUAUUGGUAUAUAACCGGAAUUUUAUAUUGAAAAGGGCCAUCCUUUUUAAAUAUAUGCUGUGUAAAAAUGUACUUUAUAGGAAAAUCUCUUUGAGUUGUAUUUGUUGUACAUUACAUAUAUAGAGAAAGGGACUAUUUUAGCCAGGCAAAGUAUUUUUUGCAGUGAUUGGAAUAAAUCAUGUAUUACUUUUGAGUCCCAUUUAAGGACACUAAUAAUAAAAUCAUGGCAAUGCA